AUGGCGCCGACAACAUCCAUUUCGUACUCGACGACUACCUCGGAAACAUCUCAGCUGACGAGACCCGACUCCAUGGCAAGGACGAAGAACAGGACGCGCACCAACGGAGUAUCGGAAGGAAAGAGCAAAAUGUCCGCCUCCAAGCAGAGCCCGGAACAAUUAUACGCGUCUGCAUUGGACCUGGUUGAACAGUCUCAGCCAGAAGCAGCACUCAAGGUCGCAAAGCAGCUCUGGUCCCAGGUGCAGAAUCGCGGAAUCUCAGAAAAGCUUCCCGCCGUGAAUCUGCUGGGUGAGAUCAGCAUCGAGUUGGGUGCGGUGGAAUCGGCCCGCGAUUACUUCGAGCAAGCUGUACAACUUGACCCCGAAGGCAAGGUGCCGGAGGCACUUGGUGGCGGCGCCGAAAAGUUCCUAUGGCUUGCUCAACUCAACGACGAAGGUGGCAAGCAGAGUGUGGACUGGUUUGAGAAAGGAGCCAAAGCGUUGCAGUAUGAAAUCGCUGCACUAGAGGCAGGCCAGGUCUCUGGAUUGAGCGAAGAAGAAUUGCUUGUGAUGCGCGUUGAGAAGAAGCGCAAGCUCGCCAAUGCACUUUGCGGCAUUGUGGAGGUCUACAUGACUGAUCUGUCCUGGGAAGACGAUGCUGAGGCUCGAUGCGAGAACUUGAUCACAGAAGCAAUGGCCGUCGAAGACGAGGCAAGUCCCGAGGUGCUGCAGACAUUGGCGUCUGUGCGAUUGUCACAGCAGCGGCACGAGGAUGCCCAGUCAGCGCUUAAGCGCUCACUGGAUAUCUGGAUAGACCUUGAACCCGAGGACCCCGCAGUACCCGACUUCGCGACCAAGGUGUCGCUGACGAGGCUGCUCAUGGAGGCUAGGAUGGAGAAGGAGGCAAUGGAAGUCCUCCACCGGCUAGUUCAGGAGGAUGACCAGAGUGUUGAGGCGUGGUACCUAGGAGGCUGGUGCCAGCAUCUGAUUGCUGAGGGUAACAAAGCCAUCGCCGAUUCGAACCAGGAGUCAGCUAUGGAUACUGGCGCUGGUGAUACGUCGUCGGCGAAUCAGUCACAGUUUGAACGCGCAAUGAAGGGCAGUCGUAAGUGGCUCAAGACCGCUCUCAAGCUGUAUGAUCAGCUCGAGUACGAGGACGAGAGGCUGUUCGAACACGCCAAGGAGCUGGUUCAAGGUCUUGACAUGGUAUUGGGCCCAGCAAAUGAACAAGCCGAGGGCGGAGAUGAAGAUGAAUCUGAAUGGGAAGGUAUUGAAGACGGAGAUGACACGGAGGAUGGCGACCAGGAGAUGGCUGACUCGUGA